CUUCAAAGACUUCGCUGAACUUUGGCCGGAAAAGUUCCAGAACAAAACCAACGGCAUCACUCCACGCCGUUGGCUUCUGCUCUGCAACCCGAACCUGUCCGAUCUAAUCAUGGAGAAUUUGAAUGGUAAUGACGCAUGGAUCACCGAUUUGACUUUGAUUAAUCAACUCAAAUCCCGUGUGAACGAUACUGCUCUGUUGCGUAACCUAAUGCGAAUCAAGCGCGACAACAAGGCCAAAUUUGCUGGCUACAUGGAGCAGAACUACGGAAUACACUUGAACACAGCCUCUCUCUUUGAUAUACA